GGCUGGUUCCCUUUGGGGGAGCUGUUGCCGCGGUGGGAUGUGGGAUGGUUCCCGAAUUUCCCUGGUGGGAUUUGGGAUGGUUCCCAAAUUUCCCUGGUGGGAUUCGUUUCCCUGGUGGGAUUUGGGAUGGUUCCCGAAUUUCCCUGGUGGGAUUUGGGAUGGUUCCCAAAUUUCCCUGGUGGGAUUCAUUUCCCUGAUGGGGUUUGGGAUGGUUCCCGAAUUUCCCUGGUGGGAUUCGUUUCCCUGGUGGGAUUCGGGAUGGUUCCCGAAUUUCCCUGGUGGGAUUCGUUUCCCUGGUGGGAUUCGGGAUGGUUCCCGAAUUUCCCUGGUGGGAUUUGGGGCUGUUUUCCCUUUGUGGGAUUCAUUUCCCUGAUGGGAUUCCUUCCCCUGGCGGGCUUUGGGCAGCGGCCGGACCCAUCCCGGGUUUUGGGGUGCACCAAGGGGACAAACACGCGGCCUUCUCCCCGAUUCCUGAGCGUGUCCAGCCCCAGCAGGACGCUGUGAUGCUGCUGGAAGUUCCCCUCCUCGAGGGUUCCCCAAGAUCCACUUUGAUUCCCACUCUUUCAUCCCAGAGGCUGCUCCUUCCCGUGCUCCCAGCUCCCUGGAUUUCAGCUGCUUUUCCUCUUUAUCCCUCAAAACACCGGGAAUUUAAAAAAAAAAAAAACAACCCAACAAACCCCAAAGUGGGUUCUGGCGAGCCCCGGAGCGGGUUUGAACCCAAUCCCUCCGUAAAUCCCGGCCGGGAUUAUCCCGAGGCUUUGCCGAUUUCCUGCUGUUCAUAUGGAAAUCCGCGGGUGCUUGAGCCCCUUUAGGCUUGGAAUGUUCGUUUUCCCUGGAAAAACAAAUGGAGCUGCUGCUCUUGGGGGAGGUUUUGUUAAUCCCGAGGGGUUUGGGGGUUUUUUUUUUUGGGGAGUUUUCCAUGGAUUUUAGGGCGCUCUGCUUCACCCGAGCUCCCACCACGGGUGGGAAACACACGGAGGGAUCACCCCGGGCUUCCCUUGGUCAAAUCCCCAUUUAUUUUUCCGGGAUAAUGGGAUUUUUCCCGGGAUCUGCCUCCUCCCUGGCGGGCUCAGCCCUGCUCCGAUUCGCAGCCGGGGCUGUUAAUCCUCGGCUCUAAUUCCCAUGGAAGCAGCCGCACAAAAUCCCGGGAAGAACAUUCCCGUUUAUCCCGGGCCAGCCCUGGGCACAUCCCAAGGGAAUGGGUGCCCUUUUCCAAGGCACCCACGACUCCCACCUGCCUCUUCCCAAGGAUUUGGAGCUGGAGCUGUUCCCACUUUGUGACUUUUCCUGGUUUUUCCACCUCUCAGUGGCUCAGUUUGAGGAAAAACUCCCCAUAUCCCGUUAUCCCGGGAUAUCCAAGAGGUCUCACCUGGGGUUUUGCGGGAGAUUUGGCUGCUCCUCCAUCUCCUGGAGGAAUUCUCUCCCGGUUUAAAGGUCCUGGCAGCUUCAAAACGAAGGAAAUUCCUCGUUUUCCCCUUUUUUCCCCACAUCCUGGCUGCUCCCAGGAAGGGCCUUUGAGGUCAGGGCUGUCCCUGUCACCCUCAGCCAGCCCGUGCUUAUCCAGGGAAAUCUGAUGGAGUGGCCAGGGAAACUUGCCAAAGGAAAUUUGUCUCCAAAUCCAGAAGAAAACACGGAGCAAAUCGUGAGGAUUUAGGAGUCUUUUUUUUUUUUUUUUUUGUCCCCCCCUGGCUUAAACCCUUAAAAAGAAACUGUUCAAAGCCACGAAUCUUGCCCUGAAUUCCUUUUAAUUCCCAAAGUUGGAAAAACAGGCAGCAGGGCUUGGAAUGGGAAGAUUUUGGGCUGGAAAUGGGAAAGUUUCAGGCUGGGAAUGGGAAGAUUUUGGGCUGGAACUGGGAAGGUUUCAGGCUGGGAAUGGGAAAGUUUCAGGCUGGGAAUGGGAAAGUUUCAGGCUGGGAAUGGGAAGGUUUCAAACUGGGAAGAUUUCAGGCUGGAAACAGAAAGGUUUCAGGCUGGAAGUGGGAUAAUUUCAGGCUGGAAAUGGGAAGGUUUCAGGCUGGGAAUGGGAAAGUUUCAGGCUGGAAUGGGAAGAUUUCAGGCUGGAAUGGGAAGAUUUUGGGCUGGAAUGGGAAGAUUUCAGGCUGGGAAGAUUUUGGGCUAGAAACAGGAAGGUUUCAGGAUGGUAAUGGGAAGAUUUUGGGCUGGAAUGGGAAGAUUUUGGGCUGGAAACUGGAAGGUUUCAGGCUGGAAUGGGAAGAUUUAAGGCUGGGAAUGGGAAGAUUUCGGGCUGGAAACAGGAAGAUUUCGGCUCGCCGGGCGCACCUGCUUCGAAGCUGGGGGGGCUCUGUCAGUUUUGGGGGGCUGCUCCUUCAAGCCAGGGCUGUGCUGGGCUGCAGGAAAACGAGGGAGAUCCGGGAGCACUCGCUGGGAUUUCCCUCUGGGAAGCAAACGAAGGCCAAAGCGGGGGGAGAAGGGGACGCGCCGGGGGCGGUUCCGUCGCCCCUCUGAAGGUGGGGGUGAGGUGGGAUGAUUUUGGGAGAUCCCAGGGGAAUCCCUUGGGAUCAGAGCCUCGGGCUGGGCUCCCCGAGGAGCUGCUGGGCUGAUCCCUGCCCGCUCCUGUCCCCACAGCUCGAGGGACAGCAUGGCAGCCACUGCCGCCGUCAGCCCCAGUGAAUACCUGCAGCCGGCCGCCUCCGCCGCCCAGGACUCCCAGCCCUCUCCCCUGGCCCUGCUGGCAGCCACAUGUAGCAAGAUCGGUCCCCCCGCCGUGGAAGCCGCCGUGACGCCGCCGGCCCCUCCGCAGCCCACCCCUCGCAAACUGGUGCCCAUCAAACCCGCCCCGCUGCCCCUGGGCUCGGCCAAGAACAGCAUCGGCAUCCUGUCCUCCAAAGGGAACCUCUUCCAGAUCCAGGGCUCCCAGGUGGGCACCUCCUACCCCGGCGGGCAGCUGGUUUUCGCCAUCCAGAACCCGGCCGUGCUCAACAAAGGCUCGCGCUCCUCGUCCUCAUCCUCGUCCUCCUCCAGCAUCCAGUACCAGGCGGUGCCACAGCUGCAGCCUGGCACGCCUCAGACCAUCCAGGUGCAGCCCAACCAGAUCCAGAUCAUCCCGGGCACCAACCAGGCCAUCCUCACGCCUUCCUCUUCCUCGCACAAGCCCGUGCCCAUCAAACCGGCCCCGGCGCAGAAAGCGGCGGCAUCGGGCGCGGGCGGCGGCGUGGUCAAACUGCCCGGGGCCAGCAACGUCACCUUGACCUUGCCCGUCAACAACCUGGUGAGCCCCGAGACGGGCGGCCAGGCCCAGCUCCUCACGGACAGCCCUUCCAAACCCAGCAAAAAGCCUCGGAAAAAGGCCAUGUCCCCCACCCAGCCGGCCGCCGUGGCCGUGGCCGAGCAGGUGGAGACGGUGCUGAUCGAGACCACGGCGGAGAACAUCAUCCAGGCUGGCAACAACCUGCUGAUCGUGCAGAGCCCGGGCUCGGGGCAGCCGGCCGUGGUGCAGCAGGUGCAGGUGGUGCAGCCCAAGCAGGAGUCGCAGGUGGUGCAGAUCCCGCAGCAGGCGCUGCGCGUGGUGCAGGCCGCCUCGGCCACGCUGCCCACCGUGCCCCAGAAAUCCUCGCAGAACUUCCAGAUCCAGGCGGCCGAGCCCACUCCCACCCAGGUCUACUUCAAGACCCCCUCAGGCGAGCUGCAGACCGUGCUGCUCCAGGAGGCCUCCUCCGUGGCCGUGCCUCCGUCGUCGGGGACGUCCUGCGGCAGCCCCGUGUCCCGCAGCCCCGGCCCCGCCGGCCGCAAACCGGCCCCGCGCAAGGAGCGGCCGCUGCCCAAGAUCGCCCCGGCCGGGGGCAUCCUGAGCCUGAACGCGGCACAGCUGGCAGCAGCUGCCCAGGCCAUGCAGACCAUCAACAUCAACGGCGUGCAGGUGCAGGGCGUCCCCGUCACCAUCACCAACACCGGAGGCCAGCAGCAGCUGACGGUGCAGAACGUGUCCGGCAACAACGUGACCAUCAGCGGGCUGAGCCCCACCCAGAUCCAGCUGCAGAUGGAGCAGGCGCUGUCCGGGGACAUCCAGCCCGGGGAGAAGAGGAGGAGGAUGGCCUGCACCUGCCCCAACUGCAAGGACGGCGAGAAGCGGCCGGGCGAUCCCGGGAAGAAGAAGCACAUCUGCCACAUCCCGGAGUGCGGCCGGACGUUCCGCAAGACGUCGCUGCUGCGGGCGCACGUGCGGCUGCACACGGGCGAGCGGCCCUUCGUGUGCAACUGGGUGUUCUGCGGCAAGCGCUUCACGCGCUCCGACGAGCUGCAGCGGCACGCGCGCACCCACACAGGUGACAAACGCUUCGAGUGCGCCCAGUGCCAGAAACGCUUCAUGCGCUCCGACCACCUCACCAAGCACUAUAAAACCCACCUGGUCACCAAGAACUUGUAGGGGACAGCGGGGGGACCGUGAUGGGCCUGGAGCUGCCCUUCAACCCCCCCACCACCUCCCCACCUCAAAUCCCAACACCCCGGAUCCCGGAUCCACGGCACUCCCGAGCGGGGAACCCCUGGGGAUGUCCCCAGCAUCCCCCUGAGCACCCCAAAAAAUAAAAGGGGGUGUGGGGCUGACCCCUCCCUGCGGCCCUACAGGGGGUCAGGGGGUGGCCCAGAGCUGUUCCCCCCCCUCCCCAGAGUGCCCCAGGAUGUGGGGCAGGAGCCACGGGCACGGAGGGGACACCCGGGAGAGGCUCCACAGCACAUUCCUACUUUAUAUAUUUAAAGUCUAUAAAUAGCUAUAAAUAUCUAUAUUCCCUUUGGAAAAUCCCUUUUUUUCUAUGGAGAUCGUUGCCUUACGCUCCCCCUCUCCCACAUCCCCACCCUGUGGAUCAUGAGUGCUUUUUUAAAUCUAUUUAAUCCCCUGGAUUUCCUCCCCCUAAAACUCUUUUUUUUUUUUCUUUUUUUUUCCCCCCCUCUCUUGGCAAAUCCAUCCCCUUCCCCUCCCAAUUUUUAUUUCCCCCUCCCAAUUUUUAUUUCCCAGCAACGUCAGCGUUUUCCCUCUUUUUUUUUCUUCUUUUUUCUUUCUUUCUUUCUUUUUUUUUCCUUUUUUUUUUCUUUAUUUUCCUUUUU